AUGUGGCUCCUGGAACAGCUGCUGCAGACCAGUCCUCCAAUCAGAGAGCCUGAUACUGACAGCUCAGACCUGCCCACCCAUCACAGUCCAGGGAAAGAGGCAUCCAGAAAGCCGCUGCAGUGCAGGGCAUCAGGAGUCCAGACCCACAUCCUGCCCCAGUUUUGCUGCUCUCCAGCGGAGGCAGCGCUGAGGCGUUUGUGCCAACAACAAACUGGAAACACAAACUCGCCACAUCUGGAGACUGAUCUGUGCCCGUUCCUCUUUACACGAGUCUUGGAUUUUGAGCUGCUGCUCCUUCACACUAAUGAUGUGCACGCUCGUGUGGAGGAGACCAGCGAGUCGUCAGGUACCUGCACGCGAUCCAGGGGGAGACACUGCUUUGGGGGCGUGGCCCGCAGAGCCACUCUGGUGCGUCAGAUCCGGGAGGCAGCAGGAGCAGCAGGAGUCCCGGUUCUGCUGCUGGACGCUGGAGACCAGUUCCAAGGCUCUGUGUGGUUCAGCUUCUAUAAGGGAGCAGAGGCCGCCUUCUUCAUGAACCUGCUGCGCUACGACGCUAUGGCCCUGGGGAACCAUGAGUUUGAUAAUGGCGUGUCAGGUCUCUUGGAUCCGUUCUUGGCCCAGGUCCAGUGUCCGGUGCUGAGUGCAAACCUCCACACUAAACCCCCCCUCGCCCACAGCUUUGGCUCCGCCUACAGCCCAUAUAAGGUCCUCACUGUGGGGGGGCAGAAGGUGGGGGUGGUGGGCUACACUUCCAGAGAGACACCGGCCCUGUCUGCCCCAGGUCCUCACCUACACUUUGAGGAUGAGCUGAGCGCCCUCCAGAGGACAGUGGACAAACUGCAGACUCUGGGUGUGAAUAAGAUCAUUGCUCUGGGACACUCAGGCUUCAGCGUCGACCAGAGGAUCGGGCGCCAGGUCAGCGGGGUCGACGUGGUGAUUGGGGGCCACUCCAACACCUUCCUCUACACGGGACCCCCUCCCUCUACAGAGGUCCCAGUCGGCCCGUACCCCUUCAUGGUGCGCUCUGAUGAUGGUCACAUGGUCCCUGUGGUCCAGGCUUAUGCCUUUGGAAAGUAUCUGGGGAAACUGAGAGUGAAGUUCAGCGCAGAGGGAAGAGUCCUGGAAGCUUCUGGAAACCCGGUUCUACUGAACGAGAGCAUCCCCCAAGACCCUCAGGUCCUGUCAGAGGUGCAGAAGUGGAAGCAGGACCUGAGGAACUUCUCGUCGCAGGUUGUGGGUGAAACGCUGGUUUUUCUGAAUGGAUCGAGCGAAGAGUGUCGCUUUCGGGAGUGUAACCUAGGCAACCUAAUCACCGACGCCAUGGUGGAAAGUUCUCUGGGAUACGCUGAAGAUCACCAGUGGAACCAUGUGUCUGCAGCUCUGAUGAACGGAGGAGGAGUCAGGAGCUCCAUCGACGAGGAGGCCAGGAACGGAUCCAUCACAAUGGAGGAGGUGCUGGGGGUUCUCCCGUUUGGAGGAACCUUUGACUUUGUGUCUCUGAGAGGAUCCACUCUGAGGAAGAUGUUUGAACAUUCAGUUCAUCGCUACGGAGAAAGCAGCGGGGAGUUCCUGCAGGUCUCAGGUUUCCGUGUGGUGGUGGACCUCUCCAGACCUCCGUUCAGCCGUGUCCGCUCUCUCCUCAUGCUCUGCACACGUUGCAGAGUCCCGGUCUUUGAGCCAGUCCAGGACCAGGAGGUCUACAAGGUGGUGAUGCCGUCCUACAUGGUGUCAGGAGGAGACGGCUUCCACAUGGUCCAAGAGGAGAUAAUCAAACACAACAGCGGAGACCUGGACAUCUCUGUCUUCUCGUCUUUCUUGUCCAAACGCAAACUCGUUCACUCGUUUGUAGAAGGCAGAAUCCAGAUCCUGAACUCUGCAGCGACUCUGAGCUCUGUGAGCGCUCUGCUGCCUCUGCUGACACAGUGUCCCACUGUGCUCCCCAUCUCCUCUUUUUCCUCUGACCCUCCUCCCCCCUCUCUGCUCCUUCUCCCCUCUCUCCUCCUCCUUCCCUCUCAUGCCACUCUCUCCUCCUCCUUCCCUCUCAUGCCACUCUCUCCUCCUCCUUCUCUCUCAUGCCCCUCUCUCCUCCUCCUUCCCUCUCAUGCCCCUCUCUCCUCCUCCUUCCCUCUCAUGCCCCUCUCUCCUCCUCCUUCCCUCUCAUGCCCCUCUCUCCUCCUCCUUCUCUCUCAUGCCCCUCUCUCCUCCUCCUUCCCUCUCAUGCCCCUCUCUCCUCCUCCUUCCCUCUCAUGCCCCUCUCUCCUCCUUCUUCUCUCUCAUGCCCCUCUCUCCUCCUCCUUCCCUCUCAUGCCCCUCUCUCCUCCUCCUUCCCUCUCAUGCCCCUCUCUCCUCCUUCUCCCCUCUCAUGCCCCUCUCUCCUCCUUCUCCCCUCUCAUGCCCCUCUCUCCUCCUUCUCCCCUUCUCCUCUCUCAUGCCCACCUCUCCUCCUUCUCCCCUCUCAUGCCCCUCUCUCCUCCUUCUCCCCUCUCAUGCCCCUCUCUCCUCCUUCUCCCCUUCUCCUCUCUCAUGCCCACCUCUCCUCCUUCUCCCUCUCACGCCCAUCUCUCCUCCUCCCUCUCAUGCCCCUCUCUCCUCCUUCUCCCUCUCAUGCCCCUCUCUCCUCCUCCUCCCUCUCAUGCCCCUUUCUCCUCCUCCUCCCUCUCAUGCCCCUCUCUCCUCCUUCUCCCUCUCAUGCCCCUCUCUCCUCCUUCUCAUGCCCCUCUCUCCUCCUUCUCCCUCUCAUGCCCCUCUCUCCUCCUUCCCCCUCUCACGCCCCCCUCUCCUCCUUCUCCCUCUCUCCCCUCUGUGUUCCUGUUCCUGAUGAAUGGUGACCGUGACCUUGUGUUCCUGCUGCUGAGAGAAAGAACACUGUGUUUCUGUUUCACUGAACCUGAAUGA